CCUCCAUCCCAGACACCCCCCCCCCCGGGCUGGGGUCGCCCCUGCUCAGCUCUAUGCGUCGUGGGAAACUCUGACUCCCUUUAAGGGGGACACUCGUCAUCUUUGUCAUGGGUUGUGUUCAGGGGGAGGGCAGGAGGGAAGGGGGAAGCCGGGAAGAUGUCCCAAGUUCACGGUGAUCUGGAACGGAAUUCUGGGGCCUGUUUUGACCUUUGGGUUUGUCCUGAUCUGCAGGGGAGCUGGGCGCCCCCAGUCGGUCCUGGGUCGCGGUGCUGGGCGGCCCCCACAGCAUGUUCCCUAGAGGAGUAAAGAGCUACUGAAGCUAGGGGUCGGGGGCACAGAGGUGGGUAAAAGGUCCCAGAGACCAGGGUGCAGCCCCGACCGUGCCCCAAGCCCAUCACCUCUGCUAGCUGUAAGAUGAGUAGAGUGGGGAGCACGCGGUGCCCACCCCACGGGACACGGUGGGAACUGCGUGACAUCAGAACUGGCCUGUCUGAUGCACUUUCUCAUCGCCGAAAUAUUUUCUCUUUCUGGGCGACGGCCACCUUAUCCAUCUAGGGUCUGCUGCACCUGCUGUGUGUCACGUACACCCUUCUUGGGAGAAGUCAGCGGGGGGCACAGCCGUGACACUGUCCGGGGGCUGGGGACAUUCACUUCCUCUCCCGAAGGGCGUGCUGACCUUGGCCUCGCUGACUCUGGGGCCCGGGGGCAUCUGAGCAGGAUCUGGGAGGCCUCCGUGAUCCCAGAGCUUCUGGGUGUGUGGAUGCCACGUGACCGGGACGCUGUUGACUCUGCGGGUCCCAUGGUGUGCUUGGCAAACAGAGGGAUUUACCCAAGGCCACCCUGUCCCCACCUGCCAGGUCGGGAGCUGGCGUGCGCUCGGUGCCUUGGGUUCACCCAGAACACCCACCUGGAGACGCUGACCGCGCAGAUAAAGAAGAAAUUCAGGAAGGGGCGUCAGGUGGCCGGCAGUCCCGGAGGCCCCCGAGCCUUCUCCCUGACCAGGAACCUGAGGGGGGACUGCACGCUUUCUGGGGGGUCGGUGCCCAGACAGGCUGAGGCUCCAGGUCAGCCGCGAGCCCGCUGGAUCAAGGCCGAGGGUCACGGUGAGGGUGAGAAGGGACCCGCCGGGUGGAGGUGGGAGGGAGAGGGGCAGCUCGGCCAGGGCCUCCGCAGGGGGAGCGGGGAGCGAGCAGGUCUGUCCCGCCGCACGCAGGUGGCAGCGCGCGGGUGCGCCGACCCCCACGGACCCCCUCGCGGGCGGAGGGGGGGAAGGGGGGUCCUCUCGCGUCCCCUCCCCUUCCCCGCGUCCCCUUCCCCGCGCCACGCCCCCCCCCCCUGCCGCCGAGCGAUAGCUAAUUGGGCAGAGAAAGGGCCCGAUUGUCUGCGCGCCGGAAGCGCGGGCGUGGGCGGCUGGAAGCGCCGAGAAGGUGGCCGGCCUCGCCCGGCAGCUGCCGCCGGAGCCGCCCGGGGGUGACGUC